GAGGGGCGGGUCCGGACCUCCGGCAGGAAGUGGCCCCUGUGCGGCUCUCGGUGACACCAUGGCGGUGUGGAGUCGCGCCUCUCGCUCGGGAUUGGUGGAGCUCCUCCUGCAGGAUCAUUGGGUCCGGGUCCAGGCCGAUCUGUCCGGGGAGAGUCUCCGGCUGACUUCGGAGGAAGAACCGGCGGCGGUGAACGGGCUCAGUAACGACUCCGAGUCCGGCCUGGACAGCCCCGGUCCCCGCCUCCCCCCGGACAGCAGCCCGGAGCCGGUGCGGAGGGUUCGGGUGGUGAAGGAGUCGGGCGGGUUGGGGAUCAGUAUAAAGGGCGGACAGGAGAACAGAAUGCCGGUCCUCAUCUCUAAGAUCUUCCCGGGACUCGCCGCCGAUCACAGCCGAGCUCUCCGGGUCGGAGAUUCCAUCCUCUCCGUCAACGGGACCGACCUCCGGAGCGCCACCCACGACCAGGCGGUGCAAGCGCUGAAGAAGGCGGGGCGAGAGGUGACCCUGGAAGUGCGCUUUCUGCAGGACGUGUCUCCCUUCAUUCGGAAAGCUUCCCUUGUUGGCGAUCUUCCCUGGGACGAUUCUGACCUGAACGAUCCAUCACCCGGCGAUCCAUCUGGCUCCCCCCAACAUGUCUCCCCUCCACAUGGCUCCCCCAAACACGGUUCCAGGGACUGCAAAGUUAUCCCCCUAAAAAUGUGCUAUGCAGCCAGAAACCUGAGCAUGUUCGACCCGGAGGGAAGGCUGGUGGAACUUCGCUCGCCUGAUGGGUGUCACUCCAUCGUUCUCCGAUGUAGAGACUCCGCCUCCGCAUUGUCCUGGUCGCAGGCCCUGCACAAUAACAUCACGGCGCUGCUGCCGCAGGUGCUGGCGGAGACGCAGUGCAUGCUGGGAGCUGCCAGCGAAGACCUCAGGCACUUAGGCUGGGUGGCAGAACAGGUGUCGCAGGACGACGGGAGGGCGUUAUGGACACCAAUCCUGGCAGUCGUCUCACAGAGGGAUUUUUUGCUCUUUAGCGCGAUGCCGAGGACGCGAGAGGAAUGGGCAAACCCGAAACACAAGCUGCCACUUAUCUCCACCAGGUUGGUGCACUCCGGUCCUGGGCGCAAUUCCCCCUCGCCAGAACCGCACCUAACAUUUGCCGCCCGCACCGGGUGUCCUCAGGGCAUUGAAAUGCGUGUUUUCCGCGUGGAGAAUCAGAGGGACCUCUCUGCAUGGACACGGGCGAUGGUGCAAGGCUGCCAUGCUACAGCAGAACUCACCAGAGAGGUCACCAUCACCUGCACUCUACGCGGGGAAGCCGUCUCACUCUCCAUCCACUUUGAUUCGGGGUUCACAGUGUGUCGGGGGGGCCCCUCGGGACCCGUCAUUUACAGAUAUCCUUUUGAAAAGCUCAGAAUGUCGGCUGAUGAUGGAAGCAAACACCUUUACCUGGACUUUGGAGGAGCGGAGGGAGAGCUGGCUCUGGAUCUUCACACGAGUCCCAAGCCGGUGGUGUUCCUCCUCCACACUUUCCUUUCUGCUAAAGUCACCCGGAUGGGUCUGCUGGCCUGACCCUGCGCUCGACAAUCGCUCGCUCUUCAUGCACUUCUAUGUAAUCAGUGCCUUCCAGUGACAAUCAUGGCGGGAGGCCCGCUCACACC